AUGACAUCAGGUAAAGGCGAAAUAAUAGCUCAUAACUACGUAUAUAUCAAAGAAAUUGUGCUUGACUUUGGUUUCAUUUGGAGUCCGCGAUCUGUGGUACAAAUCCGCCAGACCGAAGAUGCCGGGAUGCAACCGUACAGAGCUUACGAUUGCCCAAAGUCUCUGGUGUGGGCGCCUCCUACCCCCGAGCCCUUCGAGUUCGGAAACAUAACUGUGGUGUAUGACAGAUGUGACAGUGCGCCCGUGUGCGCUGGCGUCAUAGCUAAAUACAAGGAGGUCAUAGAUCUCGCGAAACAAGCAGAGUAUCGGGCGGGGAUUGCUCACUUAGAGAUCAAACAGAAUCUCGGGUUUGGGACGAGCACGGUUAGAUUUAUGGUUCGCAAGAUAAGCAGCUACGCCGGGGUUGGUACCUUCAAAUUGAGCGUCAUGAUUGAAUCUAUCGACCGCGAAGACUAUGAAUACCUUCUUGGAUUCCAACGAUCCUUCACAACAGUCACUCAGGGCCUGCCCAUUGUAUGGAAAGAUAGUGAAGCCGUCAUCUCGCAAAUGGAUGAAUCGCCGUUCAAAAACGAUUGUGGCAACAUCAUCACUGAUCUCACACACGUCGCCUACGAAGCCGUCCCUCUUUUGGUCAAACACAUGAAUGCACAAUCCCAGGCGAUUGAACAGGGUCUCUCGCUUUCUGACUUCCUAUGGGAAUUACCCGGUCAUCGUGAAAGGAUCGUGCGCCACGAGAACUCCCCUUCCUAUCGAGAAGCUACUUCUCUGCGCGGCCUCAGAGUUGACUUGCAUAUUAUGAGUGGUUUUACGCACCUGUUUCAGACUACCUACGCGAGCAUCGUCCGCAUUGAAUUGCAGAUCACCUCAAUCCCGUCCAAUCCCCCAUCCUGCCCUCACGUGUUCUCCUCCAUUGACAACCUCCAUCUCGAUGUCCCCCACGCACCAUCGGCGAGCGCCAACAACCACGAUUGCCCCCGUAGUCGACAGGCUCUCAAUAUUUCCAUGGACGCAACGAUCACAUUCGAUGGUACCAACUCGAUGACGGCGGGAACGAGUAUCACGGCCAAUGGCUCCGUAAUCAUCCUCAAUGUCAACGGUCCUGUGACGGGCGACAUCUUUUCUGGUCCUAUCUACGGCGGAAACGUCGGAGGGCGCAAUAACAUCAACCAUUUUAAAGCGUCGAAUCCACGCCCUACCGUUCGUCAAAACGAGGGCGUAUUGUUUCUUCGGCGGUUCGAGUUCCGGGCUGGGCUGGGAGGCUUUUUCAAACCAAGACCAAGAAGGGGGGAGGGGCUAUCUCAGGAGGGAGAAAAUGGCGUACAAUGA